AUGGUUCCAGCCUUCUUUGACGUCCUGGGGACGGGGCUGUGCUGCAUGGGCUUCCUCUUCAUGCCCGCCAGCGUGUGGCAGCUCCUGAGGGGUGCCAACAUCGUUUUCGCGGGGGCCUUGGCAGCCAUCUUUGCGGUGACCUGCCUGGGUCGCCGGCUGUACUGUUUCCAUUACAUCGGCUUGGUGUUCUGUGUGGCCGGCCUCUUCUUGGUGGGACUGGCAAGCGUGUGGGGCCAUGAUCUGCAGGCCGCUGCCGAGGGCAAGGGCUCCGGCAACGUUCAGCUGCUGAUGCUCGGGAUCUGCUUGGCACUGGCUGGACAGGUGUUCCAAGCUGCGCAGGCAGUGGCUGAGGAGUGGCUUCUACGGGACGUUGAUCUGCCGGGUCUGCAAGUGGUUGGCUUCCAGGGUGCUUGGGGCUUUCUUGCCAUGCUCUUCUUUGUCUUCCCAAUGCUUUACCUGCUGCCAGGGCAAGACCAUGGGCACGCGGAAGAUGAGGUCAAUGCUUUUCAGCUGCUGAGGAGCAAUCCAACCCUAUCCGCAAUGAUGGGCUUGUACAUCUUUUCCGUUGUCAUGUACAACAUCUCUGGAAUCGCAGUCACUGGAGCUCUCUCUGCUGUCCAUAGACUAAUGAUAGAGGCAUUGAGAACCCUGAUCGUAUGGGCCUUCGGACUGAGCAUCCACUACCUCGUCGAUCACACGUCGGCAUUGGGCGAGGUCUGGACGCCCUACAGCUGGUUGGAGGUGGCUGGCUUCCUCGUGCUGAUGAUGGGCCAGGCAAUCUAUGGUGCACUGAUCAAGAUACCUCUGCUCUAUUACCCGCCGACAGGGAUUGAGGUGGCCAGCUGA